AUCCCCUCCCCAAAAACCCCUUGUCCCUUCUGUGCUCUCCUCCAACUCUUCGCCCCAUCACACGCCCUCCCAUCUGCUCCUUUCCCAUCUCAUGCCCUUCUGCUCCUCCCUCCUUUAUCUCCAAACCAGCAUUUUACGUACGACUCCCAUUUCCACCACCGCCAUUCAAAUUUCUCCACCCACCACUCCCCUCCUUCCCAUCCGCAUUCCCCAACCUGGCCCUUCCUUCUAACCACCGACAAGCCGGCCAAUGAUACGUGCUGUAGUCCCUACCCCAGAAGCGCUCGUGCACACAGCCUGGACAUUCCCUCUGGUGGGAGAGUGCGUCGAAGAGUUGGUGCGGGUAUUGGCCUGGUUGUGAGGAUAGGCCGGGGAGUUGGGUGGGAGCCGUGUAUGUAUGGACGAGAAUUUGCUUUCCGGAGGCCACCAUGA